AGAAACACGUCCGAUAGCUUUUCUAGCUAGCUCCCUCUCUUGCUAGCUCUGUGUACACCCAAAUUUAGAGAGCCGUUAAGUCGAGUUCGUCAAGAAAAACAUUUUUUUUUUUCAAAAACGAUCGGAAGUCACACUCGUUUCCCAGGUAUCACGUCCAGUGGUGUCACAUUUAUCUGCUAGAGCAACACCCAAGUAAAUUAUGUGCUGCAGCUGAAGAUGGGUGGUAGCGGCUCCAAAUCCAAAGGAUUUUGGCCUUUCUCUGGCUCAGGCAGUGGCGACGACCAAGCCAAAGACGGAAAUGAGCAGUCACUGGCAAGAGCGCGAAGUUUUCCGAGCGCAACACCUUUUGUGUUUACCAGGCGAAGCUCUUUGUUCUUGGAUGAGGAUGGUGACCUGGCCCACGAGUUCUAUGAAGAAACUAUUGUGACAAGAAAUGGUCGUAAAAAAGCCAAACUGAGGAGGAUUUACAAAAACUUGACACCUCAGGGAAUCAUAAAGCUGGACCUCCCUUGCAUCCAUGUAGAUUUUCCCGUCGUCCUUUGUGAAGUCUGACAACGUCCAUGAAGCCUUUCUAAACAAACACGCCGUGUCGGCUCCGUCCCGUGGUUUUCCCCACUGCAACCUGGAGACCAGAAACUUUCAGAUAAUACAUCACACAUCUUGAUAUAUUUGAAGUGCAUCUGUAGGAAGGAUGAUGUCUUGUGAGCUGAGCCUCUGCAUGUGAUCUGUUGUUAGCGACGCAUUAUAGAUCACCUAUAGGAGGCACGUAGGAUGGAGACAAGUUGGGAAAACAUACUUGGUUUACAUGGUGUGUAUGCAUGUAAGUGUGCUGUUGCGCAUAUGGGAUCUGUUAGACUCCUUAAUUGAUUGCUGCAGAUUAUUUUCAGGUAUGGUUCACUGAACUCUUUAAGGGGAUUAUUACCAACUCCUCCCCACGUCAUAUCCAUAGAAGAAAAGUAGUUGCACACUUAAGCGUUGUUAAUUAUUUUUCUUUUUAACUUUGCUAUGCAUGGGAAAAGGAUCAGAUAAUUGCUCGUAAUAAUGGAGUUGACAAUCAGUAGCCCUCCAAUUAAACUUAAUUGUUUCAAUGACUUUGGCCUGAUGUCACACGAGUUACAACGCUAGUAGAGACGUCCGCCGUGAAAUCUGAAUGUGUGCUUUACUGCUCUCGCAUAUGAUAUUUCACAUUUAAUUUAUGUUUUUUAUUUUUUAUUUUUUAAAUACACUCAAAAUGCCUCUCUG